AUGUCGACGGAGAAAUUAGAUUCAUUACUCAAAGAUAUUGUUAAAGAACAAAAUUUUGUAAAACCUAAAGUGACUAUCAAUCCAAUAUCCAGUGAUGGAGCUAACUAUUCAUCAUCCUUGUACACGAUCACUGUCACUGAAUCUGGUAAGGAAGAUCUUCAUCUAUUCGCUAAAAUUCUCCUCAUUAAACAAGAUAUACCUCUACCAAUAGACAUGGUCGACAUUGAACAAUUAUUUUACCGUGAACUACUUAAGAAAUAUGAAGACAUACAGAAUGCACAUAAUGUACCAUCUACAAAGAGGUUGGUAGUGCCAAAAUUCUAUGGUUGCAAUCCGUUUGAACCGUACGCAGAAACUAUAGUUCUUGAAAAUUUAGCAGCAAAAGGUUACACCACGUAUGAUAGAUUUAAACCUAUAGAUUGGGAUUAUGCCACAAAAGCAAUAGACUCGCUAGCUAAGUUCCAUGCUCUUUCUGUGGCAUACAGCGAAGAAUAUCCAGAAGAAUUUAAACAGCUUGCUGAAAAAAUCAAAGGAACUUCUGAUAUGAUGACUGGCAUAAUACAACAUAUGUACCAACAGCGUAUAGACACUACUUUAUCUGUGACAUCAGAGAAACAUAAGAAUAAACUGAAAAAAUAUCUAGAAACUGAAGUAAGAAUAGAAUCCAUGUUCAAAACUAAAUUGCAGGGACCUUUUCUGUGCCAUGGAGACUAUAGAGCAAGUAAUUUAAUGCAUAAAGUUAAUGAGGACGGCUCUCUAGAAGUGAUACCCAUAGAUUUUCAAACUAUCAAAGUUGGUUCUCCUCUUGUUGAUCUAUUCUACUUGAUCUUCACGGGAACUGACAAGAAGUUUCGACGCCAGCACUUCCAAGAUCUUACAGACUACUAUUACCAAGAAUUGAGUAAUGCUUUGCGAUCUUUCAACCUUGAUCCUGAUGUUAUUUAUCCGAAGAGAGCCUUUGAUCUUGAACUGAAAGAGCAUUUACCAUACGCCCUUGUAACUGCAAUCUACACACUUCCCAUCAUCACCGUGGAAUCACAAGAUGCACCGACGGUAGGUUUCGAAAAUGGUGUUGAAGGUUUUGAUGGAUUUCUCAAAGCCAAGACCGGCUCGCUGUACCCGGAGAGAAUGAACGGCGUCAUUAACGACUUCUUCAGAUGGGGCAUCAUCGAAUAG